AUGACUGUCAGCACCCCUUACACGCCAUUCAGGGGGUAUGGGUUGAUCAAGGUUGGGUUGUCGGUGUGUUGGCCCGUAUUUGGCGGUUGGGUUGAGGUGUGGAGAGACGACUUCAACGGCAAUUCACUCAACCCUAAUAACUGGAAGUUUGAAACAGGAGGGGGAGGUUGGGGUAAUAAUGAGCUCGAGUACUACACCAAUGGCCAGAAUGUUCAGGUGGCUAACGGUGUGUUAACCAUACAAGUUAAAGUACAGAACCAGGGUGGUAAUAAUUUCACGUCAUCCCGGCUCAAUUCACUGCAAGCCUGGACUUACGGCUAUUUUCAAGCCAGAGCUAAGCUGCCAAAUGGCUAUGACUUAUGGCCAGCCAUUUGGCUUUACCCUCAAUCCAAUACAUACGGCACAUGGGCGGCCAGUGGUGAGAUCGAUAUAAUGGAGUACAGGGGUCAGGUGAACAACACCAUUUUGGGAACUAUACAAUAUGGGGCCCAGUGGCCUAAUAAUGCUGCUCUGGGUAGUGGCGCAACAGCCUUUCCCUAUGACUUUAGUGCCAAUUAUCAUAUAUUUGGUGUUCAGUGGAACAAAACAACGAUCAGUUGGUUAGUGGACGGAAAGCCCUACUUCUCCACAAAUAUCAACCGCAAUAUGUCUACCGGUGCCCCGUAUACAGCGUUUGGACAGCCAUUUGAUAAGCCCUUUUUCUGGAUACUAAACGUGGCGGUGGGUGGCAACUUCUUCCCCACUAAUGUGUACGGACCCCAAGUAACCCCCGCUCAGGCCAGUCAAUGGGCUCAGCCUAAUAUGUAUGUCGAUUAUGUCAGUGUCUCUCAAUGGCAAUGAUCUCUACAUUUAAACUAAUUUUUUAUUAUAAAAAAUGAAAUAAUGAUUACGUGUAAUAAGUUAACAUACGGUAUAAAUGUAUUACUAUUAGAGUAAAAUAAAUAACACAAAUGAUUAUAUUAUGCGUCAAUAUAUACUGUAAUAAUAAUCGUUAAUAAAAUAAAAAUUAAUUCUAAUUA